AUGGCUCAAAAAUUUCCGUUUUUCGUCGAAAAUUUGGAGGAUUUGAAUUGCACAAUGCACAUGAUGCAAGCGGUGAGAGUUAUGCAAAAUCAGAUGGAGGCGAAGGCGGCGGUGGUGAGUUUUUUGGUAUCAAAAUGCUCGAAAUUUUUCCAAAACUACGAAUUUGGCCCUGAAAAUCCCUAAUUUUCAGGCCAAUAAAUUCGGCGCUGAUAUGUAUGCAAUCACAAUAAUCGGAGCAUUCGCCUCAAUUAUCAUUCUUCUAAUGUUCCGCUCAAUUCGACCGCAUCAAAGUGUAGAUGAUCAGGUAAACCCCCGAUUUAAAUAGAUAAUUUCACACAACGCAAAACAAUGCACGCGUGGCCGAGUGGUAGCGCGUUCAGUUUUGAACUAGCAAAUCGCGAGUUCGGUUCCUGCCGCGAGCAAAAAUUUUUUUUUUGCAGGUAACAUUGAUGAUGGCCUCAAUGCAAAUGCGUGUAGAAGUCGAUGAGAUGGCUCGACAAAAACAAAAAAUGAAGGAGGCGAAGAAAAAGGCGCAGGAAUGGAUCAAAGAAUUGAAGGAGCGAAGUCGGCGGUCGCUUUCACGCAGCUCAAAACGUAGCAAAUCCACGUGUGACACGCCGCCAGUUACAAUUGGUGAGUUUUAGGAUUUUUUAAAAAUUGAUUUUUGAACGGUUUCUCCUUCCAGAAGACCAAUUCCGUCGACUAAAUCAAUUGCUGGUCCCUCGCACCCCAAGCCUCAUCAAAAAAACCUAUCAAAAAUGCUCAAUCCCUGAUGAUGCCACGUCAUCAACCUCAACUCGUCAAAGUAUUUGCAGUGCGCCCACUCAACAUUUCCUCGGCACCGAUCUUCCGGCUCGCCCAAAAUCUCAUCUCGGAUUCGUUCCCGAAAUCGUCGUGACUCCCGAGACGAAAUAUCGAUUAUUGCUUGCGCCGCCUGGAAAAAAUCGGCGAACAUCUAUGCAACCUCAAAGAAACUUCUUGGAAACUCGCAAAUCCUCGAUUUCUAGCUACAAUUCAUUUUCUCCGUCGCUGCUCGAAGAGUUCGUUUUCCAAUUUCCUGAUACGCCCAACGACUCGCCACCUUUUGACUUAUCAAUUUGA